AAUGAAACAAGCAUUCAUUAGAAAGAAAACUAAAACUGGCAGCCAUGGCAAAUGCAUUGUUUACUAUUGAACAAGUUGAAUUAAUUCGUCGUUUGCGUAAUAGUGGAAUUACAAAAGAACAAGUUGUUAUGGCAUUUGAGCAACUUGAUCGGCUAGAAGGAGAAUUAGGAAAAACUGACACUUCCAAUAAAUUGUUACCUCAGAAUAAUAAUAAUAGCCAGAAUUAUGAAAGUUCUUUUAAUGAAUUACCAGUCAAUAACAGUACCUUAGGAUUUGGUAUUAAUAAAUAUACAAAUAUACCAAAUUCAAAUAAUUCUUGUCAAGUAAAUAAUGGAAUUUUAAAUACUCUGAGAUCAGAUUUGACCCCACCCAUGCAGUCUUCUUUUAAAGUGGGUGAUCAGUCUAAUUCACAAUCAUUUUCCAGACCUCAUAGUAAUGGAACAUCAUCAAGUGAAGGAAUUUCAGACAGUAACAAUGGAAAUGUUUCACCAAUAGGUAAUCCUGUUACAUCACCUACCUCAAAAAUACCUACAGAUUUAACUAUUAUUCCAUUGACAACUACUUACACUAAUCGACAAGGAACUGAAAGUACAGUAUCUAAUAAAGAAGUUUCUUUAUCUUCCUCAUCAUCAUCAUGUGUUCCAGUACAGUGUAUGAUCAAUCCACAUGAUUUAUUGCAGGAAGAAUGUUAUGAAUUGGAAGAACUGAAAAAAAAAGGAGAUGCAGAAGUUCUUGCAGAAAUAAGAAACUUUGUUAUGAGAUAUAAUAUUAAGCAAACAAUGAUAGCAGAAAUGACAAAAAUGAGUCAGGCUUAUGUAAGUAGGUUUUUCCGUGGGGAUAUUCAAGAUAUGUCUGAACGCACAAAGAAUACCUUUUACAUUUGGUACCUGACAUGUAAACAUAAUCCAUGGAAACUAGCCCAAUUGUGCCCUAAUUCUGGUUUACGAAAAAUGAUGUCUGACACUGGAGAUUUAAUACCAAUGAAACGUGAAAGAUUUACUUUUAAAGCUCCUCAUCUAGCUGUUUUAGAAAGAUAUUAUGAAAAAGAUCCAUAUCCAGAUACGACAACUCGAGAACAGAUUGUUGAGGAAUGUAAUAAAGCAGUAGUGAGACAAGAUCGGCCUUUGUCAGAAAGAGAAAAAGUUACAUUACCAGUCGUGAAUAAUUGGUUCAAUAAUCGAAGAAAAGAAGCUAAGAAACAAUUGAGACAGCAUCAUGGUAAAUGAUUUUUGUUAGGUUCUGUAGAUUUACUAUGUAAUGCUCAUAUUCUUUUAAUAUAAUCUAGUGUGAAAUGGAGUUUGAUUAGUUUAUUAAUCACACUAUUUGGUUUGUUGGUUUGCUAUAGUUAAAACAUGAAUUCAUUUUUGACAAAGUUGAAAUCUUGUUUUAUAAUUUUACACCUGUUAAUUCAUCAAGACAUUAAUAGGCUACAGUUAGAGCCUUUCAUGAUAAUAAGGAUCAUGAGUUCUAUAAGAGAAUUGCCAAUGGCAAGAAUAUACAGAUAAAUACCAUAUUUGAAGUGCUUGAAAGAGUAGCUGAGGUUAAAAGGAAUUACACCAAUAAUUUGUACAAUAAAUUUAGUCUUAUGCAGGCUAGAUAUGGGAUGUCACGUAUAUUAUUUAACAAUACAGAAGCUGAUUAGAACAUCAGAAUUACUAUCUUAGUGGAAAAUAUGUUUAAUAACUCAAUCGAUCAAG